AUGGACGGCUGGAAGACCGAAUCAGGCGAAAGUGGGUCUAUCCAGCCAGCUCCGAAGGAUGGGAGCUGGUGUAAAAAGGCAGUGAAGGCGUUCCAGCGGACGGACAGACACAUUGGGCGACUAGCACGCUUCAAGCGGUCACCGUUGAGGAGACGAGCUCCGGCCGCUCGGUCGAUUUACACAACGGAAACGCGGAAGCAAAUCAUAAUAUGCUCCCAGGCCAACUCAAGACAAGAUGACCCAGCUUUAUCACAAGUAGCACUUUGUCACAGUUUCACCUGGGCUACACAAUUAAUAGAAUGGGAGGAUCUGAUUCAUAAACCGCUGUGCCCACCCCAGAACGCGAUCCCUACUACCCUAACGCCAGGGCCAAUCCACAGUUCUUUCCGGAGCAUCACCCGGUUUCAGCGGGCCAAGAUUGCCUCACACUUUCAAUAUAAGCUCCGAUUAGCAUCCAUUGAGCCUUCCACCUUCACAUGCUGCGAGAAGGGCCUUCCACUGGGAGACUGA